AUGGACUUAAUGAGGAUGAGGCUGAGAUGUUUGGUGAAACAGUUGGAGAGAGGUGAGGCUUCUGUUGUCGACUUGAAGAAAAACCUAGAAUAUGCUGCAUCCGUUUUGGAAUCUGUCUACAUUGAAGAAACAAGGCGCUUGGUGGAUACAGAAGAUGAGCUCAGUGACAUCCAGUCUGACUCUGUUCCCUCAGAAGUGCGCGACUGGCUGGCGUCAACUUUCACACGUCAGAUGGGGCUGAUGUUGAGACGGUCGGAGGAGAAGCCGCGAUUUCGCAGCAUCGUGCAUGCAGUGCAAGCAGGGAUAUUUGUGGAAAGGAUGUACCGACGGACCUCCAACAUGGUGGGGCUGAGCUAUCCUCCCAGCGUGAUCACGGCCUUGAAGCAUGUGGACACGUGGUCAUUUGACGUCUUCACACUGAAUGAUGCCAGCGGAGAUCAUGCACUGAAAUUUAUUUUUUAUGAACUUCUCACCAGAUAUGACAUAAUCAAUCGCUUUAAGAUCCCUGUUUCUGCUCUGGUGUCUUUUGUGGAGGCCUUGGAGGUGGGCUACGGCAAGCACAGAAACCCUUACCACAACCUAAUCCACGCCGCAGACGUCACCCAGACAGUGCAUUACCUCCUGCUCAAGACCGGCAUGGUUCACUGGUUAACUGAGUUGGAGAUCUUUGCUAUGUUGUUCGCUGCUGCUGUGCACGAUUACGAACAUACCGGCACCACAAACAACUUCCACAUACAGACUAGAUCCGACACAGCCAUACUAUACAAUGACCGUGCCGUACAGGAGAACCACCAUGUUAGCGCUGCGUAUCGCCUCCUGCAAGAAGAUGAUGAAAUGAACAUCCUCUUCAAUUUGUCGAAAGAUGACUGGAGAGAACUGCGGGCACUGGUGGUCGAGAUGGUCCUGGCCACUGACAUGUCCUGUCACUUCCAGCAGAUUAAGGCCAUGAAGAACUUCCUGCAGCAGCCUGAAGCGAUUGAUAAACCCAAGGCCUUAUCCCUGUUACUGCACACCGCUGACAUCAGCCACCCUGCCAAAAACUGGAACAUGCACCACCGCUGGACCACCUCACUGCUGGAGGAGUUCUUCAGGCAGGUCAGUGUCCCGAGACAGUUCUUAUAAUAAUUAUAAAAGCAU